CGAAGGGAGAAAUUUCCCCUCGUAAAGUGCUCCAAACUUUUGUAGCUUUUGCAAAAUUCCAAAAAAGUCAAACCGUCCGGCCUCACUUCAGUUCGGACGAUCAACAGCCGUUCGGACAUCAUAAAGCUCGCCACCUUGAGCGAUCGUGCGAGAGAUCGAGUGAUCGACACCGACCCCGAAGUGGACGACAAUGGAGUUCCCAUAUGGUCAUCACACUCACGGACACCACCACAAACGCGACGGCGACGACGGCUACGAGGAGUCCCGAAGAAACCUGCCCUACCCGCCACCCGGAGCCACCCUCCCGCCCUACGUCUACGGCCAGCCUCCCCCUCCUCCUCCGCCGUCCAACGUGUACCACACCUCGCACUCGCCUCCCCCGUCCGCUUAUCCCUCCCCCUACCCUCCGCCGCCUCAGAUGUUUCCUCAAGGAUCAACCGAGUAUUCUGCUUACCCGUACCCGCCGCACGUGGCUCACGGCUGUGGAGCUCUUGCCUCUUAUUUCGCCUACAAGCUCACUUACAACGUUUUCUGCAAGGCCAACCCCAAUUAUUCUCUCGCUAUCAAGGACUCAAAACUCGUUCUUGCACCCUCCGACUCCAGUGAUCCUUAUCAAAAAUGGUACAAGGAUGAGAAGUUCAGCACCAGAGUCAAGGAUGAAGAGGGUUCUCCCUGCUUUUCUCUGGUCAACAAGGCCACUGGUGAGGCCAUCAAGCACUCUGUUGGAGCCUCUCACCCGGUGCAGCUGGUACCCUAUAAUCCAGAGCAGCUUGAUGCAUCUGUUCUGUGGACGGAGAGCAAGGACCUUGGCGAUGGUUACAGAGCCGUAAGGAUGGUUAACAAUGUUCACCUGAAUUUGGAUGCUUUUCAUGGUGACCAAUUAUCCAGCGGCGUUCAUGAUGGCACAACUAUUGUGCUCUGGCAGUGGAACAACGGAGAUAAUCAGAGUUGGAAGAUCACCACGCAUUAAUACAUGGGGGAAGAGUACCUGAAUUUGGAGGUUGUCUUAUUUGCGGGAUAUGCAUUUGGUGGAUUGCUAUGCUUCCACGCGAGUUUGUGUUGUGAUCUCGAAUAUUGCUUCUAUCUCCAUGCUCGAUUAAGACUCGACUACUAUUGUGUGUUACUUUUCCUUUGGAUUUUAUAGCUUUAUCAUUAUGUGUGUUAUAUCACACCGCAGACUAUAUAUAUAUGCCUGAUAAAUUGGUAAUUCUCUGCAUUAAGCUGUUUCAGAUGUCGCUCGUGGAGAUAGAUAUACUACGUCAUGUAUGUGUUACGAGCACGAGAAGAGCAUGUUCUUAUGUUGCCAUGCA